CAUCGCCUGCUUCAGAAACCUCUUCGCGCAUUUCCUUCCAAAAUCCUAACCCGAGCACUCCCACGCUUCAGAAAUCCGACCCGAAGACUUCCCCUGACUACCUCUUCUCUCCCUCGACGAAUUUUCCGUCACUUUCCCCAGAAAAUUUGAGGAAGAAGAAAAUGGAGAACUCUACGCAAGAAUCGCAUCUCAAGGCGGAGAACUCGGUGACGUACGAGUCGCCGUACCCGCUGUACGCCUUGGCGUUUGCCUCGCCCCAAACCCGAACCCGCCACCAGCACCACCGAAUCGCCGUCGGCAGCUUUAUCGAGGAGUACUCGAACCGGGUCGACAUCCUUUCCUUCGACCCGGAUACCCUUUCAAUAAAGCCGAACCCGACCCUCUCCUUCGACCACCCUUAUCCGCCCACCAAGCUCAUGUUCCACCCGAAUCCCAACGCCCUCCACAAAACCAACGACGUCUUAGCUUCCUCUGGCGACUACCUCCGCCUUUGGGAGGUCGGUGACUCCACCGUCGAGCCUAUCCAGGUGUUAAAUAACAGCAAGACCAGCGAGUUUUGCGCUCCGCUGACGUCCUUCGAUUGGAACGACAUUGAGCCCCGGCGAAUUGGGACUUCCAGCAUCGACACCACCUGCACAAUUUGGGACAUCGAAAAGGGGGUCGUCGAGACGCAGCUGAUUGCUCACGAUAAAGAGGUGUACGACAUCGCGUGGGGGGAAGCCAGGGUUUUUGCUUCGGUUUCGGCUGAUGGGUCGGUGAGAAUUUUCGAUUUGAGAGACAAGGAGCACUCCACUAUCAUCUAUGAGAGUCCUCAGCCAGAUACCCCUUUGCUUCGAUUGGCUUGGAACAAGCAGGAUUUGAGGUACAUGGCCACAAUUUUGAUGGACAGCAAUAAAGUUGUGAUCUUGGAUAUCCGAUCGCCGACGAUGCCAGUGGCGGAGCUGGAGAGGCACAGAGGUAGUGUGAAUGCUAUUGCUUGGGCCCCCCAGAGUUGUAGGCACAUUUGCUCUGCUGGGGAUGACACUCAGGCGCUUAUUUGGGACCUGCCCACGGUCGCUGGGCCGAAUGGAAUCGACCCCAUGUCGAUGUACUCCGCAGGUGCGGAGAUUAAUCAGCUGCAGUGGUCUGCUGCACAGCCUGAUUGGAUUUCCAUUGCAUUUUCUAACAAGAUGCAGCUUUUGAAGGUUUGAGGGCGGGAAUCUGGGAAGCUUGUUUUGUGAUAUGGACUGCGUCCUGUCUUGAUGGAAGCAGUGAUGAUCACUAGGGGAAGUUAGCUGGAAGUAGUUCUUCGAUUACCUAUGAGGCUUAUUUAUAAAGGAAUAUGGUUAGCUUUGAACUCUUUAGAGAUAUGUUUAUUGCUGAUUAUCAACUAGUCUUGCUAUCUUGGUCUAGACUCGCAAUGUGAGUAGCGUGUCUUCCCCUCACACGGUUCGUCUAAUCCAACGUUAAUUGUACCUGUUAGUGUUGGCCUCUCCUGUAUUGCAUAUGUUAUGCCCUCGUGUUUGACAGUACUCUACUCUAUUGAGAAAAGAAAUAAAAAAAGGAAGUUGUCGGAGAA